AUGUUCGCCAACAGUCUUUUCUCGUGGUUCUCCUCCAAGGAGUCCUCUGCCCCCGAGGCUACCUGGGACGCUACCACCGCUACCGUCCACAACCAACAACCCACCAGCCCCGAGGCUCCCUCCACCGACCGUGUUGUCACUGAGCAGCCCAACUCCCAGGAGAACAUGAAGCUGCGCGGUGGUGGUGUCGGCGAUAUCUGCUGCGGCGUGUGUGCCGGUCUCCUUUGCUUCGAGUGCUGUGAGGACUGCUGCUAA